AUGGACCCGGAACUCCAGAUCAAAGCGCUGGUCGAUACACUGGCACCAAGGACCGCCCAUCAAUACAAGCUCUAUCAUACCAAGUUUCUACAAUGGUGUCGAGAUAAUCAACUGGUUCGCACGCCGGUAGCAGAUCAUCCCUACAAAGAUGUCAUCGUUACUGCCACACUCGUACAUUGGUUUGUACUUUCCAAGUUUGUGUGUGCCAAAGAUUCGCAACUGACUGUGUCUGUUCUCCGCAAAAUGAUCAGCGCUUUCAAAUUCCUGCAUCGUGUAUGCAAAGCGUAUGAACCUGAGUAUCCAUACGAGCUCGAUAACGACUAUUUAGAAGACGUGGCACGAUUGCAUAUCAGUGCUUGUGCCGAGAAAGCUCCAAUUUCAUCCCUCGAAAUAGUCUCAGUCAAUCUGUGGAGGCCCAACGGGAAACGAUUCUCAGAAAAGUUCUUCAAAGGCGGCAUCGAAAAAUUGCGUUUUUUAGCUGACUUCCAUUUGCAGCAAUACUGGCACCUCAGCUUUGCCGAUAGAUCGCAGCUUACUCUGGGGGACCUAUUUGCUGCUCCAGAGUCUCAAAUGCUCAUGACAGAUAGAACGAUAGACGGGCCACCAUCGCUUUUACAAAGGCUGGCUCUGCUACCGCAGGACAUCCCUUGGAAAUGUCCUCUAACCACACUCGCUGCUUACUUUUUUUUACGCUUUUACGGAGUACCGAAAACUUACCGAGGAGACGGAUUCCCAGAUCUUCUGGAUAGUGACGAUUGGCGCUUUUUACCGCUGAUUCGUGGUAAGUUCAUAGACAAGUAUCCGCGCGAAGAAACAAUGGCCAAUUAUUACGCUGAUGUUUUCCGCACUUGCCAUCUACCUUACAAGAGGAGAGAAUACUUCUAUAACAAGGUAGCCGAUAAUUAUCAGUACCCUCGCGUACGACGCACUGAACUGAAGGGACUGGACGACCUAGGUUUGGGUAAACAACGCGUUUUUUUCCCUCAGGAUAUUGCCAUUGACUUUCUGCGGCAUAUGAACAGAUUUCCAGUCUACAAACCCGCAUCAGCCCUUCGUGAGCGUCCUACAUCCGAUAUACCGCAAUCUUUACUUGUCCAAGUAUUUCCAGAGGUAGAAUCCUAUAAGAGGGUUUUCGACAAGUUGAGUGACGAUGCCAAGCAAUUUUUGAAUGUGCUAGAGCUGUUGCGAGACUGUCUGGUUGCAGCUUUGCCGCUUAUCAAUCACUUUUACCCAGAGCACGAUCUUCUACGAGAGUCCGUUUUCCAAAACACAGAGUUUCAGACCUACUGUAAACAAAAGAUCGAGGAAUUGCGCGCUAAGGAUGAGCUGCAAAAAUUUGAAUCGGAAGCUUUAGACGAAACCAGCUUCGGACAAGCUUCAGCUCCGCUAGAGACAGAAAUGGGUACUUCUAGACCAUCUGUGGUGCCCAUACCACAGGAUUCAGAUACAGAAAGCCUUCACGCUUUUCUUCGCGACCAGACCUUCCGCAUGGUUCAAUAUCAAACCGUCACAAACUUUCAUCUUCUGUUGCAGUCCUUAAGCCGCGUAUUCGAAAAACUGGAGACUAAAAAAAGUACCCGGGAAUAUAUACUUUACCAGUUGGGCUCACUGGAACAAUCAUUGCAGGAACGUAUUGCUCGUAGCGCCCCUGAUGACGUUAAAAAAGAAGCAGACUCGAGUGCUGAUACUUUGGCACCAAGUCGACCAGAAGAAAUUCCUAAUAAAGCGCCUUUCCAGCGGACAGGGUACGAUAGCGAUGCAGAAGAUGAUGAGGACUACAAUGAAGACGUUUCGGAGCAAGUACAAGGAGAUGAUGACGAAGACGUGAAUUCCAACUUACAAAGUGAACUUCAAACUCUCGUGGCUCAGGUAAUGGACGGUAAAUUCAGAGGCGAACUGGAGAAGCAUACAUUGGAAACUGAGUCUCGACUUCGACAGCUGAUUGCCGUUCAGGUCAAAGAAGAAGUACGCAAACAAUUGGCGCAGUACAUGAAUCAGGAAUCCCGGUCACCUACCCCACAUUUGUUGGAUGACAAUAAUACGAGCCAGAAGCGUAUGAGAGAUGAUUCUGAGCCACCAUUAGAGGCGAGUCCAGAUGAGGAAAACUUCACGCUUUCUUCGCAACUCGAUAGCAUAGAAGACAUCGUGCUGGAGUGGUUUACGCCAAAUCCAGAGAUGAAUAACGAAUGUGUGCACACCAUGAACCGAAAAUUCGGUAAGACUUGGAGAACAACAUCAUCCAAGACAUCAGAGCUUUACCGACAGCGCAAACUGAUCGUUGAGUUCUAUAUUUGUCUCGUAAACCAAAGGAAGAUGGACAGAUAUAAAGCAGUAGCUGUUUGCGAAAACCUAAGAGGUAGUGAAUCUCUGGAGGCCUUCAGUAACAAACUUCGCCAAUGGAAAAGGCAGCAUAACAAUGAAUUUGACGGCCUAGGUUAA